UCGUACAACUUUUUUUAUCUUAUUUUACCUACUUCUGCAAAAAACAAGAAAAAUUUUAACAGUUCAUAAUACGCCUGAAUUUAUAGAUGAAGUAAAGCUUGCGUGUCGAGCCGGUUGCAUACAUACAGGUGUGCGAAAUGGGCAAAUAUCGAAAAUCGCAGACAAUUAUCUUACAUUGCGAUCUGUUUGCAAGUAUUUUCUAAUUAAAGUGUAUUCAACUUUGGCAAUUCGACUAUUAUUAUUAUUAUUAUUAUCUUUUAUAAAUUACCCGAAUCUCUAAAAGUUAUUUAAGCUAACGAAGGCUAUGAUGUCUUCGUGUUGAUAAAUAAAGAUGCUUCUGCUCAAAGGAUCAAUACGCUUCCGAAGUUUUAUUUUAUGAAGUACGUAAACACAUGUUAUCUGAUGAGAAAAGUUGUACGAAUCUGUGUUUAGUUGUGAUGAGCGCUCGACAUGCACCAACGAUGUAAAUGCUAUCUCCCGAGCCAUCUCAUGAACGAAAUAGCUUACAGGAAAAUAACCGAAACAGCAUUGCUUGAUAUUCGUAUGCAACAUUAUAAACGAUGAUAUUUUUAAUAAAUAUGUUGAUCACUGCAUAAUAAUCAGACUAUUUUGUCUUGAAAAAAUUGUGCUCUCAAAAUUACGCAAGUUAGCUUCGAAAAGCAGAAACGUCGACUAGUGAAUAAAAGAAGACUAGAUUUUCGGUUGAGAACGAUCGCGUGUCUCAUUAUCGAUGCCAAAUGUGCGCAAUUAUGUCAUUUCGAUAUUUAUGACUUAAAGGAUGUACACAAAAAUGAGGGGGGAUUGGAUUUUCAUAGGGUUAUUUACGAUUCUCACGAAAGAAGGAACAGAGCCGGGACAUCACUUUCCAUUUUACGGUGAAAGCAUGGCAGCGUACAAUAAAAGCGCGUUGACUUUAUGUGAUGCUAUAAAUUUCUACUACUGGUAAUAAAGAGAGUUAGAAAAAAAAAUUACCAUAUAUCGAUCAAUCAAAAUAAAACGUGAGUUUUAUUGAAAAAACCAAGAGGCCGUAUCAGAGUGUUUGAAAAAUUCAGACAGCCAAAGGCCAUCUAUGAUAUGAAGUUUUUACAUGAUUAAAUGCGAUCAGCACUUAAUUAUGUAAUUAUUAUAAAUUAUCUUCGAAUGCAUUACUUCUUUAAGCUACUUAAUCGAAAUAAUGUGGGACAUGCUAAAUCAAAAAUCGUGCAAAGCUUAUCACAACAAAAAAAAAAUGACAAAACAAUAAAUUAUACACUCAUUCGCAAACAAUCCCAACUCACCCUCUCGUCUCUCGCAACCUCUUCGCUCUGAGAAUCCCUCCCUCGAACUAAAUGAAUCUUCAACAAUCCCCCAGGGCAGAAGCAAAGCAGCAGAAUGGGCGGCACUCGUGGCGGGGAUGGGGGUGGCGGCGGCGAGGCCGAAGCCGCCGACUCGCGUAUUCCCAUCACAGGACGCGCUGGAGCGAUAGUCAUGAGAAGCGUCUCGAUCUUCCUGGCGAGCGGACGCAAGGUGUCCGUGGCGUCGCGCAGACAACACUCGAGCUCGAGCGGUGCCGGCCCUGGAGGCGCAGCCACGGGCCAGAGACGCGCUGACUCCGCUGCCAGGAGGCGCAGGAGGAGGAUGCCCGAUGCUCUCAAGGCUGCCCAUCACGCCGCCGUCGUCGAGUCCAUGAAGAAGAAGACCAAGUUCUCCAAGCAAGAGCUGGAGGCCUUAUGCAAAAUAUACAGCAAGUUGACGACUAGUCCAGGAUCGAGGUCUGGUCCUGUUACGAGCAACGGUGGACCAGCCUCUCUGCAGACUAUCGAAGGGAUCGACAGAACCAUAUUUAGAGAAUUGUUGCACAACACCUUCGACAUCCUCACGGAAGACGCGUUGAUCGAACGCAUGUUCUCUUGCUGGGACAAGGACAGCGAAGGCGCGAUAAGAUUGGAGCCAUGGAUACUGGGACUGGAUGUUUUCUUGCGUGGAAAUUUGCGCGAGAAAAUGGAAUUCUGCUUCAGAGUGUACGAUCUGAAUGGCGACGGUUACAUUACCAAAGAUGAAAUAUUCAUAUUGUUCAAAAACUGUUUGAUGAAGCAACCCGGAGAAGAGGAUCCCGAAGAAGGUGUUAGAGAUUUAUCGGAAAUGGCUCUGAAAAAACUCGACGUUGAUCACGAUGGAAAGGUUUCGUUUUUCGAUUAUGAAGCUACUGUACAAAAAGAGCCAUUAUUGUUAGAGGCUUUUGGUCAAGUUCUGCCGACUUCGGAAAAUGCGGCGGCAUUUUUAUUGACGCUCAAGCCGAUGUAGACUAUUUUAAGAACAAUAAUAUUUUAAGUUAUGCAAUUUUAUUUGUAAUCUGUUUGUAAAUAAAUAUUUUAAAUGUCUAACGAACGAAAAUAUGUUUGUGUAAUUAAACCUAUCCCCGUGUUUCCAAACUUUGAUUCUUCCUAAUUUAGUUUAUUGCUUAUCUAAAUUCUUUCGUCAUAAAUUAAAAUCAAAUAAAGAGUCGUAUGAGAGAAUUUAAGUACAAUAAUAUCAAUAAACAUGCUGAUAUCAACUCGAAAUUAAAACGAUUAAAUGGCUUACAUCAAAUCCAGAACGGAUCUUUCCUUUUUAUUUUCCUCUUCGAUAUCGGAAUAUAACAACACGCGAACUCCAAUUAAUUUAUCGUAAAAUUUGACAUUUACGAACGCCUUACAGUCCCAUUGCCGACGUUAUUUGCGAUAAAGUGAACAACCGUUAAAAAAAUUACGCACAUUUUAUUAAGUAGAUAAUGAUGAAACGAAAAACGGCGAUUCCAGCGCGCACAAUUCUCCCAUAGUAUAUAUUCCAACCUCGUAAACUUGCGAGCGCUUGAGCAUUAAAAAGCAGCUCAGCAUUCGUCUCUUAAAAAAAUUCUAUUAUCGAAGCUCGCAAAUGAAACGGCUCUUUUAUAGGCCUGUCGCGCUAUCGCCGAAUAAUGUGCCAUACAAAACAGAGCCGAAAACUUUGCUGAUAAUUCGUUUUCUCUCUCUCACUUUGGCUUUCAUGGCUCGUGUCCGUUUAUUCUUUUCCUCUCCCCCCAAGAAACGGGCGUUAAGCUUGUAAAGAUGAAUUAAUUGCAUCGUUCAUUUUAUGCUCGAGUGAUAUUCGGCCGCAUAUAAGAGGCCGCUUUUAUAAUAUGAGUCCUUAUAGCUGUUCCGCUAGGUUGCACUUGGUAAACGAAGACGUAGUGGCGUAGUUUUAGUUGCGAUCAUGAAGCCGUUUUUCACUCUUUUUACACUAUUCGUUAUGGCGCGUUUGCAAAUAUCGCAAGCUCAGCCCUACAUGUACGACGACUUGCAACCACAGCCAAGGAGUAAUAAGCAGGUAAU